ACGAUGACGACGAUGACGACGAUGCUGUACAGCCAGACUCGCAGAAUCCUGAUGCCGAUGCCAUUAGCCCCAGCAGUCUAGACAGUAACACAGUGCCAGCCUGGGAAUUCCCGCCGAAUAUCCGCGUCGAGAGACCCUGGAUGACGACGCGAGGCUGGUUGCGGCCGGGCUGUACGGGACCGAAAGUCAUACACGUUGCACUGCUCCGGACCUGCCGGCGCGUCUGUCUUGAGACGGCACACAUCCCGGCCCGGCAUAUACAGCUGCUCAAGUACAACAACUCUGAUGAGACACCACCAUGGAGCACUAUGAAGAGAGGAUUUGACGACCGAGGCUGGCCGCAUGCUCGAUCUAGUCUGGCCGAGACUAUCCCCCUCCACACCCUCGCCCGCGUCCGCGAUAUAGGCCUGUUUGGCUUCCUGUUCUGACUCGAUGGCAGCUUCCUCUCUCUAUCGCAAAGCUCCUUCUCCCGCAGAGCUCUCCAGCGGUUGCCGCAGUCACGGUCAAGGACGGCCGCCAGCCUACUGCUGCUACCGCCGCUGCCGCCGGCCUACGUCUUCCGCAUCCUCGACCGCAUCGAGGUGCUCCGCUUCACCAUCCGCAACAAGGACUGGUGGUGUUCUGGGAGCCGCUACUCGGCUGAGAACCGCUACAUGGCGGACUUUAACCCCUUCCAGAGAAACCACUGGCACGUUCUGUUUGGGCCAGGAAUGAUCGAUAACGAGUCUGCGGCCAUAGCGGCGGCGGCGGCAGCGUCGUCGUCGUCGUCAGGAGAAACACCAACUGCCGAGGCUAACACUACAAGGCGCCCGGACCACCUAACGGCGGCGCCGCCCCGCUCGGCGUCGUCAGCGAUGGCCUUUGCGUUGAUUCCCCAGCUGCGCAAGCUGGUGAUCGACUUUGAGGUGAGCGCGGACCGGCGGCACA